GAAAAAAAAAAAAAAAUGAAGCCAACAGGUACAGACCCAAGGAUCUUGUCUUUAGCUGCUGAAGUAGCGAAAAGUCCUGAACAGAAUGUCCCUGUUAUAUUGUUAAAGUUAAAAGAAAUAAUAAACAACACUCCUUUGGGAAGCUCAGAGUUGAAGAAAGUCAAACAAGAUAUAUAUUGUUAUGACCUCAUUCAGUAUUGUCUAUUGGUCCUCAGUCAAGAUUGUUCUCGAAUCCAGGGUGGUUGGACUACAAUUUCCCAGCUUACACAGAUAUUAAGCCAUUGCUGUGUGGGCUUAGAGCCAGGAGAAGAUGGAGAAGAAUUUUACAAGGAAUUACUUCCAUCAGCUGCCGAAAAUUUUCUUGUCUUGGGGAGACGGUUACAAACAUGUUUCAUCAAUGCAGCUAAGGGUGAAGAGAAAGAUAAAUUACUACAUUUUUUCCAAAUUGUGACUGACUCUCUUUUCUGGCUAUUGGGAGGUCAUAUUCAACUCAUACAGAAUGUACUGCAGAGUGAUCAUUUCUUACACUUGCUGCAAACUGAUAAUGUUCAAAUAGGAGCUACAGUCAUGACUCUGCUACAGAAUAUACUGCAGAUCAACAGUGGUGAUUUGCUCAAAAUAGAAGGGAAAACCCUGCAUUCUAUUUUAGAUGAAAUUCUUUUCAAGCUUUUAUCAACUCCUAGUCCAGUCAUAAGAAGUGUUUCUACAAAGCUCCUGCUAAUGCUAGCUGAAUCCCAUCAGGAAAUUUUGAUUUUACUGAGACUAAGUGCCUGCUAUAAAGGACUUACAAGUCUGCUAAAUAAGCAGGAAACUAUGACAGAAUUUAGCCGUGAACUUAGACAGCUUGUUGUUCUUUUAACCCCUAAGAUCCACCAGGAAGUAGAAGAACAGAAACUACAUAAAGCAGCUUGCUUGAUUCAAGCCUAUUGGAAAGGUUUCCAGACCAGAAAGAGAUUAAAGAAGCUUCCGUCUGCUGUGAUUGCUUUGCAGAGGAGUUUCAGAUCUAAACGAACAAAGACAUUGUUGGAGCUAAACAGGCAGAAGGAAGAAGAAGACCUCAGAUUAAGAUUGCGGCUUCAAAGACAGAGAGCCAUGAGGCUUUCCCGAGAAUCACGCUUAAGUAUGCUUGAAAUAGUUCAUCCAGGUCAAGUGGAGAAGUACUAUAGGGAAAUGGAAGAGAAGUCAGCAUUGAUUAUCCAGAAACACUGGAGAGGGUACAGGGAAAGGAAGAAUUUCCGUCAACAGAGGCCAUCUCUCACAGAGUAUAAAGCAGCUGUUACACUUCAAAGAGCAGUUCUUAAAUUCCUAGCAAAACGCCGUAAGAAAAAUAAUCUGUUUGCCUCUUGGCAUGGACUCCAAGAACUCAGUGAUGCACGUAGAGUUGAACUGAAGCAACAAGUGGAUGACUAUGUCAGAAGACACCCGGGCUCUCAGAUGUCAGAUGUGGCCAGCAGAGAGCUCCAUGCCCAAGCACAAGAACGACUUCAACACUAUUUUAUGGGAAGGGCCAUAGAAGAAAGAGCCCAGCAACACAGAGAAGCUUUGAUGGCUCAGAUCAGCACCAAUAUUGAACAGUUGAUGAAGGCACCAGGUUUGAAGGAGGCAGAAGGAAAAGAACCUGAGCACUUCCUAAGUCGAUCUAGGCCUGUGGCAGCCAAGGCCAAACAGGCCCAUCUCACCACCCUGAAGCAUAUACAAGCACCUUGGUGGAAGAAGCUUGAAGAACCAGGUGAUGAGAUUGAUGUUCCAAAGGAUGAGCUUAGUAUAGAAUUAGGGACUUUAUUUAUUGGUGGAACCAAACCCCCCUAGAGGGUAACUAUGAAAGCCAACUGGUUAUGCCUCUGGGCUACCGGAGGCUUUUCAGAGGAUCUUUUUUCAUGCAACACUUGGACACAACAAGCAGAGCAUUGCCUACCUCGCUACCAAUUCUUUUCCCUUUUUCUGUACCUUGUCCUAUUCACAGAUUUGUGGGCUUUUAAUUGUGGGACAGAACUCAUUGUGAAAUGCUAUUGUUGACAUGGAAUAUGAAAUUUCAUUUGUUUCUAACUAAAGGUUGUGUUUUUCUAAAAUAAAUAUUGUGUUUCUGAAAACCUUGU